GGACACUUGUGCAAGAGGGCGGGCGGGGCUUAUUAUCCGCGCGCACUCCCAGUUCCACAUCUUCAUUGGAUGAGCGCUCUUCACUCGAGAAUGCGCGUCCGAGCAGCACGACCGAUCAGGAUCAUGCAGGUGGGACGCGGGACUGGUGGUGCAAACGUCGUGAUGGGCUGGCAGAAGGAGGAAAAAGAUCAGGAGGUGGCAAUAACAGCAGUAACAAUCAGACAACUAAAG